CGGAGCUCGCCAUGGCUGGGUCGCGCGGGCUGCUUGGGCUGUGGCUCGGCUGCUUCUACGUGAGCCUGGCGCGGGGCGAGACCCCGGAGCGGCGCCUCCCUGAGCUCUACGGAGUCGCAGCCCGAGAGCGCCCGGCAGGUGGCGGCGCGGGCCCCGAGCUGCCGCCGCACGACCAGGUGUCGGAGCACAUGCUGCGGCUCUAUGACAGGUACAGCGGCGGCGACGGUGUCUCUGCGCCCAGAAUGCCAGGCUCCCGGGAUCGGGGCUCGCGUCCCCGGCGCCCCCAGCCCGCGCGCAUAGGAAACACAGUCCGCAGCUUUCGGGCGGAAGCAGCAGGAAAACUUGAUGGCAAAGGACUGCAUAUUUUUAAUAUGACUUCUUUAACCAAGUCUGAAAGCAUCCUGUCUGCUACACUGUAUUUCAGAAUUGAAGAGCUAGUCAAUGCCAGCCUGAGUUGUUCGCUGUCCCAAGGAUGCUUUCAUCCUGAGCAGAGGAAACACAUUCAGAUCGAUCUCUCUGCAUGGAUCCUCAAUUCCAACCCAAACCAAAGUCAACUCCUGGGUCACCUAUCAGUAGAUGUAGCCAAACCUCAUCGAAAUGUGGCAUCCUGGAUAUCUAAAGACAUCACUCAGCUUUUGAGGAAAGCCAAGGAAAGUAAUGCGUUCCUCAUAGGAUUCAACAUAACAUCCAAAGCCUACCAGUUGCCAAAGAGGGUGUUCCCUUUUCUGGAGCCUUAUAUCUUAGUGUAUGCCAAUGAUGCUGCCAUCUCUGAGCCAGAAAGUGUGGUGUCAAGCUUCCAGGGACACCGGAAUUUCCCCAGGAAAGUGGUGCCCAAACUGGACAGCCACAUCAGAGCUGCUCUGUCCUUCGAACGGAGGAAGAAGCGGUCUACAGGGAUCUUGUUGCCUCUGCAGAACAAUGAGCUCCCUGGGGCAGAGUAUCAGUACAAGGAGGAUGGUGUGUGGGAUGAAAGGAAGCCUUAUAAGACCCUUCAGACACAGCCCACUGAGAAAAGCAAGAGCAAGAAGAAACAGAGGAAAGGGCCUCACCAGAAGAGCCAGACUCUCCAGUUUGAUGAGCAGACCCUUAAGAAGGCAAGGAGAAAGCAGUGGAUCGAACCUCGGAAUUGUGCCAGGAGAUACCUUAAAGUAGAUUUUGCAGACAUUGGCUGGAGUGAAUGGAUUAUCUCCCCCAAGUCUUUUGAUGCCUAUUAUUGCUCUGGAGCAUGCCAGUUUCCCAUGCCAAAGUCUUUGAAACCAUCCAAUCACGCAACCAUCCAGAGUAUAGUGAGAGCGGUGGGGGUCAUCCCUGGGAUUCCAGAGCCUUGCUGUGUGCCAGAGAGGAUGUCCUCACUAAGCAUCUUGUUUUUUGAUGAAAAUAAGAAUGUCGUGCUCAAAGUCUAUCCUAACAUGACAGUCGACUCCUGCGCCUGCAGAUAACCUGGCGAAGAGCUAAUCCGGAUGCCUCGUUCAAACAUCAGUUUAUUUCUUAUGAACCUGUUUAAUUUUGCACUGCCAAUGCAUUGUGUUCUGAAAGAUUUUUUCAUAGUCAAAAGAGAAUAUGAAAAUAGCCUGAUGACUUCCAGCAAACAGAACUGGACUGUAUUUGUCUUUGAAUGUAACUAAAAGCAAGAUUUUAGUAAACAUGGACACCUUUUUCUCUUUUUUAAUCGUACAUAAAAAGCUAGCAAAUUGUUUUUAGAACUUUUGGAGAACACACUGAUUUAUUUUUUUAAUGGGCCUUAAGAAUCUAUUGGAAAAACAGCAAUAGCUUAUCAUUUAUCUGUCUGCGUAAGUAGGAUUCUUGUGUUAGAUUCCUGAGCAACUCAUCAAAUGCGAAAUAACCCAAUAGGUUUGAUGUUUAAUUAUCUUUAGUGAUCUGAGACUUGUUUACCCUUUUUCCAUAACAAUGUGUGUUGAGUGCAUGUGUGUGUGUGUGUGUGUGUGUGUGUGUGUGUGUCUGUCUGUCUGUCUGUCUGUCUGUCUGUCUGUCUGUCGGUCUGUUUUUCACCUGUCAGGUGCCUGUGCCCCCUGUAAGAUUUACUUAAUAUGCUUCUGUAACUCAGUCUAUUUACGAUUCUCUUUUUAAAUUUCAUUUUCUAGUAAGCACCAUUCCAUUACCAAAACUAAGAGAAACAACCAAGCGCACGCAUGGAGCUACCCCUGCACCCAGCCAUUUCGCUGGAAACACACUUGUUUUCACUUCACUGCACCCCAGAAAAGGGAACCUGCAGCUCACUUUUUGAAAAUCAAAUACAUUUCUUCUCCUGUACUUCUUUCCCACAAAUAUUUUCAUUUGUUCUGCAAAUUGAAUUCAAAAAUCUUUCUUGAAGCCUGAAUUUUUUCCUCUUCUUGAUAUCCCUUAACUUCAUGGGAGGUUGUCCGUUGGAGGCUGUUUAAAUCACAGUCAUGGACUGAGUGUCCUUUGUUGUGUAGUUCCAAGUGCUUGUCUCCAUCAUGAAAUCUGUGCUUUAGUGAAACUCACUAAAAGUCACCCACCAGGAAAGGCAGUCGAAUAUAGACUAUCACUUGAGUCUCUCCCGUUUGUCAAAAUGAUCUCCUCUUAUUAUAUUUUUGCCCUUGAAAAACGUUUCAAAAUCUUACAUGCACUAUAUUUACUUGAGAAACAGAAGUGAUUGGAGGCAACAGGUGGCUCUGGCGGAGCCUCUCUGGUUGGUCCUCAUCUUAGUUCAGUCUAACCAGGCAAUUAAAAAUAACUCAGCCCGUUCUGACGCUGCAGAGCCAGAAGAGACGGAACUUCGUUUCCUCUCUGCACGCAGUCUCUGUGAUGGUUCAGGCACCUUUAAAAAUAAAUUUGCUGAACUUCGAUUUUGCGAAAGACGCUGCGGUAACCGCGUGCCCUAAGUUUCCUCCUGGGUGAAAUGAAGAGGCUGACUGCUCGAGGUGGACAGCCAGGCAGGCACGGAAGUGUUGGGCUUCUCUGACAAGCUGUUUCUUCCACAUUUGCCUUGAAGGCCAGAAAGUGUUAGAUAGAAAACUCGGCAAGUGUCUCCCGUCAUAGGCCAAAUGCACAAGUACCCUAUACUUCAGUGUUUGCACGUGAGUGUGGAAUUCUCUAUAAUCUAAGUGGUACUUUACUGGAAACGUAUUUUUUAAAUAUUGCCAUGAAAAGAGACUCUCUGCCGCUUUUGAAUUACACAAGCACUGGUGUGAGCGUGGAUGAACCCUGGAGGAGACCCAAAUCUCCAGAGUUAAAGUUCUGCUGCCUAAGUUACUUAUUUUCCUUCAGUUAAUUUUUUUCUGCUAGCAUAAAGUUAGAGAUUGAAACUGAGAUGAGGGAUGAAAUUAAUUUUUAAUACGAUUUUGCACAGAGAGCCAAAUUUGAAAGAAAAAGGCCAGAUAGGCUACCAUAUCCUAGUCAUACUGUUUUUUGAGAAGAACAUUUCUUAUUUCUUGGUAGAUAUGAUUAAAUACUUAAUUUAGCUUUUCCUAGAGAUGUGCCUGACAGUUCUUAGUAUCAAAUGUCUCAGCCUUUUGUAUGCAAAUAAAUGUCUUUUACCUUUCUUAAUAUGAAUCGGUGACUACUUAUUACAGAUUAAAUCUUACAGUGGCAGAAGUGUCCUCUAAAUAAUAAAAAUUUCAAAGUAUCAGCUAAUUAAGGUUUAUUUUUCCUAGUGCUUGAUAUGAUAAAUUUGCUAACAAGGAAAAAGCUUGUGCAAUGGAAAUGGUCUUCACUAGGAUUUUCUGGAUGAUCUUUUAAACUUCUACUGGAUUGAGGAAAUAGAGUGACUUAAAUAAAAAAAAAAAGUUUUAUUCCCAAAGAAUACAGACUCAAUAGUAAAGGAUGAAGCAAAUGAACUGACAUUUUUAUUAAUAAACGUUUAUUUAAAACAAUUUUAAAUACAUUCCUGUUUCUCAGUUUAUUAGGUAAUAAUUUACAUAUAAUUCCUAUAGUCUUUUAUAAAUUUCUUGAUAUUAAAUUGGUAUGCAUGAGAAGAAAUACUACAUUUAUGAAUACCAUUUUCUAAGUCAUGCAAAUGUCCCAUUCCCAAACACUUCCCCAGCCAUUCCCCAAUGUGGGAUUUAUGCACACGCGUGCGCACACAUGCAUGUGCGCGCACACACACACACACACACGCACACACACACUGCAUUACCUAAGAAGGGAAUUCUUUCUUUAGUACCUGUUCUAUGCAUCUCAAGGAACUGCUAAUGUCAAUACAGUAUUUUAAGAAUACCUUGUUAUAACCAUUGUAAAUAAUUGCAAUUUAUACGAUUCAAGGUUGUAGAACUUAAACUGGAAGAUUGGAUUCCUCAGCUCUCAGGACUGCAGUAUUCCAGGUUAAUUUUUAUAUUCACCUAGCUAUAUAUUAACAGAUGAUCAUUUAUUAAGAUAAGGUUUUAUAUGUGCAUAUUUCUGUGUGAAACUCUUACUUCCCAUUCGGUACUUUCAUAGCAAUCAGAUGUGAGUAAUACUAUCAUCAGCCUGACAUAAGAUUUUUUGUGUAAUUAGACUAUUCAACUUAGGCUUGCUGCUUUCGCUUUUCUCUGUUAAAGAUUAAUUGUUUAGACAUUGAUUUCUUGUUGAAUGGAGAAUAUGCACAUCUGAUGUGUAAGAUUAAAUAAGCAAUUAUAAGUGAUCUUGGGUAAGUCUGACUGUAUAAUUUGUCCUCUCCUGAGAAUUGUAUUUUAAUGUAGUUUACAAUUGAUAAAAUGAUCCCACUUUUCUAACAAUUAAGACUUUCCUUCAGCCUAUCGCACCAGUUUCUGUAAAUGUUUUAGCUGAGAAUUUAAUGCUUGUACAGUGAAUGGCAAUUAUUAAAAAUAUGUAUAUGGAAAAACUUUAAAGAUGCUUUUAAUUUAUUUAAUAACUGCUGCCUUCCUAUGAUAAUUUUCAUUUUUAGAAAGUAAGAAAAAACUUUUAACUAUAGUUCUUAGGUGCAAAGUGAAUUUUGGUUCUGUAGUCCAAUCUGUUGAAAGAGUGUAUCACAGUGAAACUGUGAUGGACGCUUCACUACUGAUAUAUUAAGCUUGGCUGAAUUUGUAACACUUUCCUCCAGUAAUGAAGAGCUUUUCAUUAUACGGUAUGGAAAUAAAAAUCAUUUAAUUAACCAUUUCUCUAUUCCUUUCUGUUUAUUGGGAACAAUCCCAUUUCUACUGUACUCUUGGCUGUGCUGAGUUUGAAGAGGGAAACCUGUUUAGGUC